UCCCCCAUAGAUGCAUUCGACUCCCAAAAGAAAGAAGGAAUGACAAAACCCCGCUGAACCUCAAAAGGGUUUUAGAUUACGAGAAGAAAGAAAGAGAGUAGAUGAGUGGGGCAGGAGCACCAGAUUUCUUCUACAGAGAGGCUCAACGUCUUGGCUAUGUCGCUCGCUCCGCCUUCAAGCUGCUUCAGAUGCAGAAGCAAUACAAACUGAUAACACCUGGUUCAUCCGUUCUCGACCUCGGCUGCGCCCCUGGUGCUUGGCUUCAGGUGGCUUGCGAGAGUUUGGGUCCGCUCAAAAAUGGUGGGGUGGUUGUGGGCAUUGAUAUCAAGAAGGUAAAGGUUCCUUCUCUUCACUGUGAUGCAAGGGUUCAAACUGUUUCUGCUGAUGUCAUGAACCUCCCCAAAGACAAAGUUAGGGCACUCUCUCCUCAGCAGAGAGGCUUUUCUGUAAUACUCUCAGAUAUGUGUCCCUUGGUUUCCGGAAUCACAACAAGGGAUGCAGCUUUAUCAGUUGAGUUAGGAAUGCGAGCACUUGAUUUGGCUGUUGGUGGGGCUGCAUUACCUAAUCUGGGUGAUGAACUGGAUGGCUCAGCCUCUGAUUCAGAUAAUAACGGUGUACUGAAAGCAGGGGGCCACCUUGUCAUAAAGCUUUUGGAGAGUGAAGAUGUGCAAGAAUUCAGGCGCAUAUGCAAGCCACUCUUCAGAAAGGCAUCCUGGCUGAGGCCUAAAGCUACAAGAUCAUCAUCGAAAGAGAUUUAUUUGAUAUGUCAAGGUUUGCAGUCAAAAGCAAGGGUGUAGAUUUUUUGUUCUAGAUUUGGCUUCUAGCACCAUACGCACGUAGCCAGAAGUAAAAAAUAGCUGGGCAAAUCAUGUUUUGGCAAAGUGGUUCUAUUAUUGUAGGAGGAAAUAUAUAGCACUUUGUAACCUUCAAUACCAUGUUUAUUAAUUUUAUAUGGGAAUAAAUGCAAGAAGCUUGCAAUUCCCAACCAUAACUCACAUGUAAGAAGCCUGCAAUGUCAUUUUGAAUCGUUUCUUGUUAUCA